GUGUGUGUGUGUGUUUUCCCCUCCUAUUAGUGCCGCUCAGCCUCCUGAGCACCAGUACAGUAGUGUGUCGAGAGCAGCUAUGCAGUGUGUAGACCGGGACUCAACUCCAGCCUGAUGCGAAAUUCUGGCCAACACUGAUUCUGAAGGUUUGUUGGAGAGUUGCUGCUGGUUCUCCGAGUGUCUCGAGUCGAAUGCAAGGAAAGCACAGAGCUCCAGAUGCCAUUGACUGAAGCGAAUGCGAGCCAUAAGAGGACACACCGAGUGAACAGAAAGUUGGCUGGCGGAAGAAACCAUUUCCUUUUGUUUACUUUCUGAAGAACCUUGAUUGCUUUCUGCCAAGCAAGGGAACAUCAGGCGUUUGCUCAAAGCAAGUCUUUAUGGGGAAGUUCUUUGUGGCCAUUUUUUAAAUAGAAGAUUAAUAGAACUACGAGACACACGAGAGAAAAGAAAAAAAAAAGAAAAAGAAAAAGAAGAACAGAAGAAGUGUAAGGAUGGCAAAUUCAGGAUUUCAGCUCCUGGGCUACUUCUUGGCUCUAGGUGGAUGGAUCGGGAUCAUCUCGACCACCGUGCUGCCCCAGUGGAAGCAGUCGUCGUACGCUGGAGACGCCAUCAUCAUGGCAGUUGGGCUGUAUGAGGGGCUGUGGAUGUCCUGCGCAUCCCAGAGUACAGGACAGGUGCAGUGUAAGAUCUUCGACUCGCUGCUGUCCCUCGACAUCCACAUUCAGACGUGCCGAGCUCUGAUGGUCAUAUCUGUGCUGAUGGGCUUCAUAGGUAUUAUAGUGAGUGUAGUAGGCAUGAAGUGCACCAGGGUGGGUGACAACAACCCUGCCACCAAGGCCAAGAUCGCUAUAUCUGGAGGAGGCCUCUUCCUGCUUGCAGGUCUGUGUACGCUGGUGUCUGUGUCCUGGUACGCAACACAAGUCUCUGUUCACUUUUUCGAUCCAAACACACCUCCGAAUGCCAGGUAUGAAUUUGGCUCCGCCCUGUUUGUCGGUUGGGCGGCGGCCUGCUUGACGAUCCUGGGCGGGUCCUUCCUCUGUUGCUCCUGUGCUAACGAGGCCCGAGGAGGGCAGCAGUAUUACCGGCAAUCACAAUCCUCCACUGCCAGAGAGGCUGAGUUAUUGAGCGAGACUAGUUUCCCUGACUGACCAAACCUCCCUGCCUUUACUCGAGGACUGGUCAAGCUCCGCUCUCUGUUUUUGUCCCUACUCUUCUUCUUCUACCUAGAUUUCAAAUUCGGAUCUUUGUCUCCCUGCUAUACUGUACGCUGUGUCACGUCUUUGUUCUUUAAGUCAGAACCCGAUGAAGAACAAAUGUGGGUCGAAGCCUUUUGUGUGUGUGUGUGUGUGUGUGUGUGUGUGUGUGUGCGUGUGUGUCUGUGUGUAUGCCUAUGUGUGUGUGUGUGUGUGUGUUUAUCCUACGUCCCCGAAUCUCUGUUCUAAGUGUGUACGCGUUAUUCUCUCUACUCUAACCUACGCGACAAGUAUGACUUUUUUUUUUUUUUUUUAGUUUUAACUGCAAACUUAAACGUGUCUUUUUCUUUUAAAUUGCAGAGCAAAUGUUAAAAGUUCUCCAGCAGACAAAGGGGAGCAGUUCUUGUAGUUUGGGAGAGGGCGACUCCGUUGGUCUCACGCUGGGUUAGAUUUUGGCAACUGACAAGACACUCUUUUGGUAAUAAAUAAAGUAAAACAAAUUACGGAUUUCAGAUUUAAAAAUGAAAGCAACGAAGAGAAAUGACAUACUACUGUUAUAACCCCUCUGUACUAUGUGCCAUCUUGUACGUGCUUCUGAAUAUGCAUUCACAUUAAAUAUGAAAAAAAAACAAACAAAAAAAACAAAAAAAAAAAACCUGACAUGAUAUUGUACUGUAAAGGCUUAGUUUUGCUUUAUCUGCCACUGAAAAUUUACAAAGUUCAACAUGGAGUGAGCCAAGCGUCGAGAUUGUGAAACUUACUUCAAAAGAUUUUUGUUGUUGUUGUUGUUGUUGUUGUUGUUUUUUUUUUUUGUAAUAUUAGACCACAGUUGUAUCUUUCAUGCGACUUGAUUCAGGGUACGUUAAUGAUGCAUUUGAUCAGUAAUGCAAGAUAUUCACUGUUGUUGUUGUGUAGCGUAAAAGCGUUUCGAUGCAUAACCAAGCUUUCACUUAGACUUGACUUUGUUUUCUAAUCUGAACAGUACAGAAAUGACUUUCCUGUCUGUUUAUGGAAUAUUCUUCAUUUUCAGAGGCCUUGUCCUCACUGUAAUGGUGUUUUAUCGUAUUAUUGUAAAGAAACACGAUGACGCAUUCGGUAUUUUUUUGGUUUUCUUUUAAAUUAGACACACACACACACACACACACACACACACACACACACACACACACACACACA